AGAUGAAAAUUGCCCCACAGUCCAACCCUCCCUGUCAGUGUUACGUAUUCCCGCUGUGUUUACCAUGGUCACCGGGAUGCUUGGAAGGUCUAGGUUACUCAAGUUAUCUUCCUCCCUGCUCAGGUUUAGACCUAAGACCACCUAUGUUGUGUUGCUUCCAGAGAAUCCAGUAGAUACUGAGGAUGACAAUCCAUUGCUGCGAACAAAUGCCCUCCCAGAGUUUGACCAGCUCACGCCUGAGAAAUGCUGGACUGGUAUGGGCAAGCUGGCACUGGAGUAUGAGUCUGGCGUGUGGGCAGUGGAGGAGAGAGCCAGAGAUCUCAAAGAACCAAAAACAUUUGAUAACAUUAUUGGAGAACUAGACAAACUUGAAUCUCCUUUCAAUGCUGCCUGGAGCACUGUGAAAACCCUCUACACUGUCAAGAACAGCGAGAUGAACACAAACACCUAUCUUAAAAUCCAUGAACGAGCAAGAAAGGCCCGGGUUCACAAGUUUCAGAGCCAGCCUAUCUAUGAAGCCUGCAAGCAAAUACUUGUCUCAGACACCAGCUUGACUGAAGCUCAGAAGAGGGUUGUGCAGAAAUAUCUUCUGGAAGCAAGACUAAAUGGGAUUGAGCUUCCUGCUGAGAAAGCCACUAAUUUUACUUCUAAGCUCGUAAAACUUGAAAAACAAAAGGACAUAUUCCGACGAAAAGUUUCUGAAUCAGGGAGUAGAUUUUCUUAUCAUAUCAGUGAUCACAAUUUAGUGAGAGACUUCCCAGAAACUUUGUUGAAGUACAUGGCUGUUGAAGAAUCUCGGUAUCAGCAGGGGCCGUGGGUGAUCACAUUACAGCCCCAUGUGUACCACAGCUUCCUGGAGCACUGCCCCUCAUCUGAUCUGCGCCGCAACACUUACCGGGCUUAUAACAUGAGAGCCUCCAACCACAUUGAUCAAGAACUGAGCAACAGCAUACACAUGGAAGAUAUUCGGUCUUUGAGGGGAGAACAGGCUACUCUGCUUGGCUACAAGGAUUUUGCCCACAUGUCCAUGGAGACGAAGAUGGCUGGGAGUGUGGAGAAUGUGCUGUCAAUGAUCACUAGUCUACUAGCAAAAGCAAAAACUGCACAAGACAAAGAAAUAGCCUCACUGCAAGAGUUUGCUGAGAGCAGAGGUUUUGAGCUUCAGCUGGAGGCCUGGGAUGUGCCCUACUGGAGGAGGAAACAGAAGCGCCACCUCUUCAACUUUGAUGAAACUCAACUCCAAGACUACUUUCCAUUUGAGCAUGUCUUUGUCAGUCUCCUAGAGCUGUGCUCAGAGCUCUUUGGCAUCUCCUUUGAGGAGGUCCCUGAAAAGGUCCCCACAUGGCACCCUGAUGUACGCUUCUUCAAUAUCUUGGAUGCAUCAGGGGAUUACCUUGCCUCAUUCUAUCUGGACCCUUUCCAGAGGCCAGGUGAAAAGUUACAAACGAGGGUGGAUGCAGCGUGGAGCCUUGUGAUCCGUAGCCGGUCAGACAUUGCCAACAUGCUUCCCAUUACCAACCUAGUGUUUAAUUUCGCUCCACCUGCCUCAGAGGACCAGCCAGCAUUACUUACUUUCUCAGAAGUGACCCUUCUCUUCCAGAAAUUUGGUAGUGCCCUGCAGCAUCUCCUCACCACAGUGCCAUACACAGAGUGCUCUGGGAUGACUAACAUAGAGUGGGACGCUGUAGAAGUGUGCUCCAACUUCAUGCAGAACUGGUUACAUGAGCCGGCUGUCCUGCAGCGCAUCAGCCAACAUUAUGAAUCUGGCCUGCCUUUGAGUGGCUCCAGCAUCAAGGAACUGUUGGCUAGCCAGAACCACAUGGCUGGCUAUGACCUCUGCUCUGAACUUUAUCUGGCUCAUCUGGAUAUGGAACUUCACACAAGGAAGAACUACUGGCUAGACAUUGCACGAGAGUUGUGGCCAUCAUACCGGCCAUUCACACUUGACAAAUAUGAUGCACAUCUCUGCUCCAACACGGCCAUCAUGGCAGACGUGUGGGCUGCUGCAUACUACUCUCACCUGUGGUCCCGCAUGGUGGCUGCUGAUGUGUUCCAGGCCUUCAGGGAGCCACAUGAGGCAGAUUCUGAACUUGGUGAAAGAUUUCGCUCCACAUUCCUGUCCCUGGGAGGAGGAUGCCAUCCCAGCGAGGUGUUCCGCAGAUUCAGAGGUCGUGACCCAUCCCCGGAUGCACUUCAUGUCCUGUGUGGCAUUAGUCAGCAGACCACCUGAACUAGAAUUAGUGUUUUAGACAGCUCUUCCAUCCUCAGGAUUUCAAGAGUAAGAAAGGAUCAGUAAGUUAUUUGUGUUUACAUGUAAUUGUAGUCUUUUUAUAAUUGUUUUAUAGAUGUGCCUAGAAUUUGUGGGAUUGUUAUUUUUUAUGAAUAUAUUUGAAAGUAGGAAUGCUAAACAUUUUUUUUUUUUCUCAAAUUUCAGGAUAUGAAUUAAGCACAAUGGUAUUGGUUAAUAUUAUAGUUUUAGCUCUUUGAACACACAUUGGUAUUUUUCUUUACUAAACUAAUUGUGUUUAUUGUCUGAACGUCACACUAAAGUGUUAGGCAAAACUGUUUGGACUCAAAGUUAAAGGAUAGGAUUUGUGAACAUUUCCAUUGUGUUAAUCAUCUAGUGUUGUGCAUCCAUGGAGAGACUAUCAGAUGGUAUAUCCUAGUAACAAAAAACAGGAAACUUUUAGAAUUGUGAGAGUGAGAACUAAGAAUUUCCUAGUCUCUCCAUAUUAUUAUUGUUUUUUUUUAAGGUGAGAUGCCUUAUUGCAGAGUACUUGAACAUUUUAAGAAACAUUCAAGUAAUAUUUUGGAAUUGUCUUUUCAGUUUUAUUGUUAACUAAAUAUACAAGAUAAGAACAAAUAUAUAAUCUUCAUAUAAUUGCACUGUUUCAACAGAAAUGUGUAACUAAGCAUCAUUUGCAGAUUAUCUAGAUUAUGAAGUGGAAAUGUUGCCACCUUCCCAUUGAGGGUUAAAGAUAGCCACAUGUAGGUCAUAAAAAUGACUGACUGUCACAAGAGUAACUAAAGGAAGACUACUGUGAUCCAAGAACUUACUGGUGUAAGGUUACUGAAAGAAAAUUAAUAGUAGACAAAUCAAAAUUCACAGAAAAUAGUGAAAAUAGUAAUGAAAAUUUUUUCAUGUUAAAUUUGUAGGAGGCAGUUUAUUUGAAGGACUUUGCUGUACUUAUAAACAGUUUUUGCCUCAAGAUGAAGAGAACAUCUAGUUGUUUAUAAUUAUGUGCACCAGGGUAUGUCACUGGCAUUCACAUUACUGUUGAAUAGAAUGUGAAUUGAUUGUAAAUAACAGUAGUAGUGCAAAGGCAGCCCUGAUCCUGUAAAUAAAUUGUACAUGUUUAGUUAUGUACAGUAUUUGUUUUGUCUAAUUAACAAUAAAUGAUUUAUGUUUGAA